AUAUGAGUAUGCAGAGAUUAUAAGAAGCAAAACAAGUGUUUGGAGGAAUUAAGGUUUCAUAUAUAACAAAGGUGGUCGUCGUUUAUUUGGUAUCAUGCCCGGUUGGAGACGUGGGAAUUUUCGAUUAUCCAAUGCCUUGUCCAUCGUGGAGCUCUUGGUGGACAUGGAUUGCAAAGGAUGUGAAAAGAAGGUCCGAAGAGCCAUUUCCAAACUCGAUGGGGUGGACAUGGUGGAGAUCGACAUGGAGAAUCAAAAGGUGACGGUGACAGGGUACGUGGACCGGAUGAAGGUUCUGAGGACGGUGAGAAGGACAGGACGGACGGCCGAAUUCUGGCCAUUCCCGUACAACGGAGAGUACACUUAUCCGUACGCCUCCGAGUACGUGGACCAGCAGACAGCAUUCAACGGUUACUCUCCCGACAGCAAACCUCAUUCCAACAUCUUGGACGAGAAGACCCUUUAUCAUCUCUUCAGCGACGACAACGUUCAUGCAUGCGCCAUUAUGUGAUUGUGAUUUAGCAUUUCAUAUAUUGUGUUUUUUUUUUCCGUUGUUUUGUCUGUUUAUUCUUUAAUUUAUUGUUCUUAUUAAAUA